UGACCCAGGAGAAGUUGCAGGUUGGUCGCUGAGCAGCUGACAGGAUGAAGAUCUGAUCCAAAAUAAAAGGAAAAAAAAUCUGCUGCUGCUGACCUCGUCAUGGCUCUGAAGGCUCAGGUUCUGUACGACUUCACAGCUGAACCAGGAAACAACGAGCUGUCGGUCAGAGAGGGAGAGACGGUCACCGUGCUCUACCAGACUGUGGGUGGAGGCUGGACUGAAGCCCAGAACUCCAGCGGACAAACCGGACUGGUACCUGAGGGAUAUUUACAGGUGAGCAGGGUUGGAAACGUUGGCGGCGGUGAAGGAGACGGGGCUUAUGUCAGUAACACUACAGAAGGGUGGGACGGUCAGGGAUAUACGCACACACAACAAGCUGUCGAGGACGAUGACGGCGAGUGGGACGAUGAAUGGGAUAACCAAUCAGUGGGCAGUUACCAUGGUAAUGAUCAGAUGGACGGGGAGGGCGGAGCUUCAGGACGGAGCGCCCACGGGCCCUCCGUUAAGAUCUCCCUAAACAAGUUUCCGUUCUCCAAAGGUCCGAGCCCAGAAGUCUUCUUGUUAGCCAAACCACCGGCCAAUACUGGAGACCGGCUUGCUGUCUAUAUGGGAGAGGUGGGUCCAGUCUGGUUGUACCCGUCGUCCCCUCUGGACUGUGUGAUUGCUGAUCCAAAGAAAGAAUCCAAACUGUACGGACUGAAGAGCUUCAUCGAGUACCAGAUCACACCUAGUACGACUAACAGACCCGUCAAUCAUCGCUACAAGCAUUUUGAUUGGCUGUACGAGCGUCUUCUGGAGAAGUUUGGCUCGGCGCUGCCCAUCCCCUCGCUGCCUGACAAACAGGUCGCAGGCAGGUUUGAGGAAGACUUCAUCAGGAUGAGGAUGGAGCGUUUGCAGGCCUGGAUGAGUCGGAUGUGUCGUCACCCUGUGGUAUCUCAGAGCGAUGUCUUUCAGCUUUUCCUCACCUACAGAGAUGAGAAGGAGUGGAAGGCGGGGAAGAGGAAGGCAGAGAAAGAUGAGACGGUGGGACCGAUUAUCUUCAGUCUGAUUGAACCUGAAGCUGCAGAGCUUGACGCUGUUCAGGUUGAACAGAGGUGCGAGCAGUACAGUCGAUUCACAAAGUCGAUGGAGGAUGGAGUCAGAGAGCUGCUGAACAUCGGACAAACCCACUGGAAACGCUGCACUGGACCGCUGCCUAAAGAGUACGAGCGGAUUGGUCGAGCCUUCAGGAACCUGUCGACUGUUUUCAACAGCAGCAAAUAUCCAGGAGAGGAGACAUUAACAGAUGCUCUGACGGCUGCUGGAAAAACCUACGAGGAGAUCGCUCAGAUCGUUGCACAGCAGCCUCAGAAGGAUCUUCACUUCCUGUUGGAGACAAACAGCGAAUACAAAGGUCUGCUGGGAUGUUUCCCAGAAAUCAUCACUGUACACAAGGCUGCAGUAGAAAAGGUGAAAGAAGGGGAUCGUCUGGUUUCUGCAGGAAAAAUCAACAACAACGACAGGAAGUUCAUGAAUCAGCGGAUCAGCUGCAUGAGCUACUCGCUGCAGGCUGAGAUGAAUCAUUUCCAUAGCAACCGUAUCUAUGACUACAACAGAGUGAUACAGCUUUACCUGGAGCAACAGGUGGCCUUCUACCAGCAGAUCGCUGAUAAGCUGAGAGCAGCUCUGAGCCAGUUCACCACGCUGUGAGGACGAUGACAUCACCGUUGAUGUCACAGCCCGAUGACGUCGCGGUUACACGUUUAACAAAAUAAAAUGUUUUUAAACUCCGA